AUACAGAAAUGUGAUAGACAUUCAAAAAUAAAAUGAAUCCCAAAUUUGAAUUUAUCAGGAACACAAAAGCCAGUCAAUAGUUCAACUGCACUCGAGUAGUUAACUCAAGUGGGGGAAGGGAUAUUUUUUGAGGUUAUCGUGAAGAGUGGACGUUGUUGAUUUAUUAAUUACCUACGCCAGAUAAAUUUGAUUAUUCCAUAUGUUACACUAGAAGCGCAAGUUAAAUUAAUAAAAAUGAGUAAUUUCGAUAUCUCAUUAAUCCACAAUAAUUUUCAACAAUCGUUGGCCGAAGAAAACGAUGUGGCCCUGAAGGAGUACUUAGACGGAUAUGAAGAAUUGAACAAAUUCUGCAACUUAAUGGGUGUGAUUUUCGGAUUCGUAAGUAAAGAUUUAAGAUCGAAAAUGGAUAUUUUAUACGAUUAUUUAAAAGACUCAAACAACUCGCAGAACUAUACCACUGUUAAACAAAUGAUAGAGUAUGAAAAGCAGACCAAACUCUUAGAUAGAAAGGAUUUUACUUCUGGCAGCCGUACUUUAUUAAGGUUGCAUCGUGGUUUAGACUUCCUGAGAGUCUUCCUCAAAGGCGUAAGCGAAUUGAAAGAUAACGAAAACACAUCCCCAGUUGGGAGGGCAGCUUAUGACAAGACCUUAUCACAUCACCACACUUUUGUGGUUCGCAACGGAGCCCGAUUGGCAAUGCAUACUAUGCCAACACGAGAACAACUUUUAAAAAAGCUAUGCGGUGAAAAUGCAGAAGAAAUUGAACGGACGAUUACCACUUUGCCGAAAAUGCUGGACGUCACUACAGUCGUGUUUGAUCGCAUCGAUAAUUUAUACACUGUUCACGAACUACAUACUCUGCCUUAAUUUCGCUUGCCAAAAUUAUUUAGUUAAAUUAGCUCAAUGUGUACAUAUAAUGACCAAAUCAAACAUUUUUUAUUGCUAUACAACCCAUUUUAAAAAUGGGACUUAAUGUCGUGUAAUCUCUGUAAGUAAUUAUAUCAAGUGGGUAGGUAACCAACUUGCACCAAAGAGUAUUAUUAUACGUGCUAAUUCAUUUGAGGUGUAAUACACACUAAUGGUCUUUAAUGUAUAAGACCUACAGGGUGUUCAAAUAUACACUAAAUGGGCAUUUUGAAAAAUCAUUCUCAUUAUUUCGUGGGAUCAAUGAUUUACAAUUAAAACCAUGUAAAUCAUUUGAUGACUACGUUUAUCACAUUGGGGGUUGCUGACAGUAAUAUAUAAGUGGUGGCAUUGGUAUUAUUAACUAAUUACUAAUUAAAAUAAGCUUUUAAUGGUUUUUAUUUAAACUUUGUAUUAAUUGAAAAGUAUUAUCACAUUUUAUAAUUAUCAGUUAAAGGGGAUUUAUAAAUGUGCAAUCAUUAUCACCUUUUGAUUUGAAUUGUGCCAUUAUCUGUGAUUUGUUCAUCUUAUCUUGUGGAAAGCGAAGUGCAUUUAUAUACAAAAAUAUAGAACUAUUGAUUUUU